AUGACAUCUUUCAGGGAGGCAUUUGCAUUAUCAAAGGAUGAGGUGAAGAAUGCUACACCGCCUGGCACAUCAACCCUUGUUGAACACCUCGAGUGGGCCGCAUCGCAACAAGGUCACAAUGAAAUCAGGCUGGUACCGCAGCCGUCUGCAGACCCAGCCGACCCCCUGAAUCUGCCCAUGUGGCGAAAGCUUGUCAUGUUGUUCGCCAUGUCUUUACACCCAUUUGUCGUCAACUUUACGGCCUCUUCGCUCUCGAGCGCGCUGCCUAUAUACGCAGCAUCCCCUAUCUUUGGCCUACCACCAAAGUCGUUUUCUACACUCACCUAUCUGGUUGCGGUCAACAAUCUCAUGCUCGGGUUCUCGAAUCUGUGGUGGGUUCCACUAGCCAAUACAUUCGGUCGAAGACCUGUCAUCCUUGGUAGUCUUUUGCUUCUUACCCUCUCGAGUAUGUGGGCCGGCUUGACGACAAACUACAACAGCCUUCUGGCGGCUCGCGUGUUCAUGGGCAUUGGUGGAGGUUCCGCCGACGCAGUAUCGCCUGAUGUCGUUGGCGAGAUCUUUUUUGUACAUCAGCGUGGACGCGCAAUGGCUAUUUACACAGUCUUCCUUUCAUUCGGCUCACUCGUGGGCGGCAUCGCGGGCGGUUACAUCGUCUCCGAUAUGGGUCUUACUUGGAUCCACUGGAUGAACGUUGUGUUGUCUGCAAUCACUUUCGUUAUAUGCCUCGUCUUCCAGGCGGAGACACUCUACGAGCGACCACAGUGGCUCAACGAUCUCGAAGGUGAAGACGGCAAGGAACACGUAGAGCAGAAGGAGUCUGUGGCCAGCAACGCCCAGCCACCGCCUACCUCAUAUCCAUCGUUCUCAUACAUGAAGUCGCUCAGGCUCAUAACCUACCACCCUGGCAUCGGUCGCAAGUUUCUUGCUCCAUACAAAGCCAUGCGUUUCCCAGGCGUGUGGCUGAUCGCCGCUUGGUACGCAGGCCUCGUCGGCCUCAUUGUCACCAUCAGCACCAUUGGUCCACAAGUUGUGGGGGCCCCUCCCUACCUCUGGGGCAAUGAUGUCGGCUUGAUCAACGUCGGCGGCAUCAUCGGAGCGCUACUGGGGUGCGUCUACACCUACUUGAUCGCUGACUGGACUGUCAAGCGCACCGCUGCAAGGGACUCUCAUGGCUACGCAGAACCCGAGACUCGUCUCAUCUCUGCCCUUCCUGCGCUCUUCAUCGCUACGGCUGGUUCCUUAAUCUUUGGCUUCGUCGCUCAGAAUCCCUCGACGGCUGGAUGGGUCGGCUUGGAGUUCGGCAUCGGAAUGGCUGCGUUCGGUCUCAUGCAGGCACCGUCUGUAGGCUUCAACUACAUCAUCGAGUCGUACACGAGCGUGGCAGGAGACUGCUUCGUUGCCAUAACGAGUGCAAGAGCUCUUGUGUCGUUCGCGUGGACUUUCUUCGUCGGCGAUUGGGUGAAUAGUCGUGGUGCUGCCGAGCCUUUUGGUGUCUUCGGAAUGCUGAUGGGAAUUUUCGCGCUGAUGACCAUUCCGGUUGUGAUUUGGGGCAAGAGGCUGAGGAUUUGGACUGCUAAAUGGGUUCCAGAGGGUAGUGCUCAGUAA